ACUUGAAUGAGGAAAUGAGAGCAUAGGGAGCUGGUGUGCAGCCUGUUGAGAGGAACAACAGACAGAUAAACUCUCCCAACACAGUGAGGACACGUUUUCUACUGCAGAAACUCCUGUCAGUGAGGUGAGGAUGAAGAUGAAGAGCAAGCUGCUUUUUGUUCCUUUGGUGAUUGCGAUCAUGUCAGUUACUACAGCAACUACUACCCCAAAAACAACAACUACCCGAAAACCAACAACUACUACUCCUCGGUGGAGAACCACCACUCCAUGGACAACAGGUCAUCCUGCAAUGAACUUAGAUGGGAAGAUGUUCACUUUGUCUUUGAAUGGUGGAGAUAUAUCCCUCUUUCCUCCCAAUUAUUCCCCACCGCAACCAAGACCUUCACCAACACGUCACUACUACACGACCACCCCGUACCCCACACAGCCUCCGACCAGAGGUUUGUCUGUGUGUCUGCGUUUCCUCACUGACUUUGUGCAAUCGAGAAACCCCAGAAUCUUCACACUCAGUCCGUCCAGUUCUAACCCUCUGACCCUGGGAGUCAGUGGUUCGUACUGGCUGUCCUACGACCGCUACAGGUACGCCAACAUCUACCUGCAGCCCAGCAUAAGAUUCUGGUCAGAAGUUGCCCCGGACAUAUGGACCAGAGUCUGCAUCACCUUGGACUCUUCUACGAAUGUGGUCCAGCUGUUCAGCGGCUCGUACAUGAGCAUCAGGAAGUUGCUGCCUGUUCGGUAUUCAUGGACAGGAGAGCCUGUGAUUACAUUUUCAGGUUUUGAUGGUCAGGUGACAGAUAUCCAGGUUUGGGAUUAUCCUCUACGCUACAGAGAGGUCACUGACUACAUGAACCCCAGCGCCUACAAAUUGUACCGUGGCUCCGUCCUCACCUGGUCCUACAUCAGCUACUCUCUCAGAGGAAACCCGCUACUGGAGGACGUCUAUGAGAUUCAGGCAGCAACAGCUGGUGAGCAGAAAGGGGAGAAGGCGUGGACCAAAGGGAGAGAAGAAGACCAGGAGGGUUUUCAAUAUGGGGGAAAGCAAAGACAGAGAGAAACAACAGCUUUAAUGAACCAUGCAGGUGUAAGAGAUGUGGCAUGUGUAAGAAAAACUGUCUCCUCUGUUCCUUGUUUAAUGAUCAAAAAUGUUACUGAUUUGAAGACAAAUUAAUCUCUGUAUAACCCUAGGAGCUAAUUUUACUUACAUCUUUGAUUUUUUAAAUUCUAUUUUUACAUGUGUUUGGUUUAAUUUUGUAUAUUAUUAGAAAAAAAAACAAUAAGGAGAUGGCUGAGGAGGAUUAUUAAUUUUUUUCUCUUCUAAUCACUGUUUGUAUUAGAAACAAAUGUUCAUAAUCUGGCUGGACCCAAUGUGGACCACAAAAGUUCAAUUAUUGCAGGUUGAACCACACAGUUUAUAAAUACAUGUGCAGUUCUUUAAUCUUUUUGUGUGCACAGAUUACACUCAGUCACUUCACCCUCAGUAUUCUUCACAGAAAACAUAAAAAUUGAAGUUCUUUGUUUAAUGACAUAAAAAAUAACCACCAUGUUUGAAUUAGUGUCAGCUGUUCUUCAGAAAAACAGAAAACAAUAACAAAAAAAAAAAAAAACAGUGGACAGAAGCUGAAAUGUUAUGUGAAAAGUAAACAAUGUCAUGAAAAUACUCAGCAGUGAGUACAUUCAAACAAGGUUCAACUUACAAUAAAGUUAACGUAAUAUUGUGGUCGACAUCUUUGCUCACAAAAAACAAUAACUGUAGGCCAUCGUGUGGAAAAAGUUCAAUAAAGAACAACUUCUUCAUCA